ACCCCUAACGCCGUGCGAUCCAAGCGAACCAAGCGAACCCCACUAACCCACGGCCUGUGAGAAACUCCCGACGCCGUGCGAUCCAAGCGAACCAACCGGACGGAAGUGCCCCCAACCCAAACGAGCGGCGACGAGAUGGACGGCGGCGGCGGUGGCGGCGGUGGCGGCGGUGGCGGCGGAAGCACAAGCGGCGACGAUGGGAAGCAGGAGAAGCACCUGGUGCUUGCCCACAAGCUCUUCCUGCUCUCCCACCCCGACGUCGACGACCUCUCCAAGGUCGACCUCCGCUCCGACGUCCUCUCGGCCGUCAAAUCCGAUGACAUGGCGCCACUGUUCGAGUCGCUGGCCGCCGCGGGCGUGCUGGAGCCGGAUGCCGUGCUGCUCUCCGAGAUGCGCGCCAGGAUCGACGAGGAGAUCCGCAAGCUCGAUGAGAAAAUUGCUGAUGCUGAAGAGAAUUUGGGCGAGAGUGAAGUGCGUGAAGCCCAUCUUGCCAAGUCCUUGUACUUUGUAAAGGUUGGCGAGAAGGAAAAAGCACUGGAACAACUUAAAGUUACUGAAGGAAAAACUGUAGCCAUUGGCCAGAAGAUGGAUCUUGUGUUCUACACUUUGCAAAUUGGCCUUUUCUACAUGGAUUUUGAUCUCAUCUCAAAAUCCAUUGAUAAGGCAAAGAAGUUGUUUGAGGAGGGAGGUGACUGGGAGAGAAAGAACAGAUUGAAAGUGUACGAAGGCUUAUACUGCAUGGCAACCAGAAACUUCAAGAAAGCUACCAGCCUGUUUUUGGACUCCAUCUCAACUUUCACAACCUAUGAGUUGUUUCCAUAUGACACUUUCAUCUUCUAUACAGUCCUCACAAGUAUCAUCUCAUUGGAUCGUGUAUCUCUAAAACAAAAGGUGGUGGAUGCACCAGAAAUCCUUGCAGUGAUUAGCAAAGUACCACACCUCUCAGAGUUUCUCAACUCUCUGUACAAUUGCCAGUACAAGUCAUUUUUUGUUGCAUUCUCUGGCUUGACGGAACAGAUCAAGUUAGACCGUUAUCUUCAACCUCAUUUCCGCUACUACAUGAGGGAAGUGCGCACUGUUGUCUACUCACAGUUUUUGGAGUCAUACAAGAGUGUGACGAUGGAAGCUAUGGCUUCUGCAUUUGGUGUGACUGUUGAUUUCAUAGACCAGGAACUUUCUCGCUUUAUUGCAGCUGGGAAGCUUCACUGCAAGAUUGACAAGGUCGCUGGUGUUCUGGAGACAAACCGGCCUGAUGAGAGGAAUGCUUUCUACCAGUCGACCAUCAAGCAAGGGGACUUCUUGCUAAACCGCAUCCAGAAGCUAUCCCGAGUCAUUGAUCUGUAAAAGUUGCUGUUCUUGUUGGGGAGCUCUGGCCCAGCAAAGGUUGUGCCCGGUUGUUGGACCUAUUCCAGCUAGCCUCCUAGAGUAUAUGACCAGUGCCUGGCUUUGUUGAGCGUGCGGAGGAGGAAGUCUUGUAUGAAUUACUAUGAACUCAUAUCCCAGAAGAUCAGGCUGAAGGAUCUUUCUUCUGUGAUGAACCUGUUUAUUCAUUCCAAGCCUUAUCAUCUGUGCUUUAGUUGUGAAUUUA